ACAAACCAACUCUGCCAACUCAACAUCAGGUGUGAAGUUAUUAGGUUAAAAUUUCCACGUACAUAACAACAUAGUUAUAAAUAAUAUAAAAAUAAAAUAGAAAUAACAAUGAUUACCGACGUACAUUUGGCUAUUUUAGCUAAUACCCUUGGAUUAUCCCUGUUCUUACUGGUUCUUUUGUACCAUUAUAUCAACGCCAAUUAUUCGAAAUAACCAGAUUUAAUCCUGGUUUACAAGAAAUCGCUAUUUGUAUAAAUGAACUUGUACAAUUAAUUAUGUAUUUCUCUUAUAAUUAAAGAAACUGUAUUGUUUUUAAAAUGUA